AACGCCGCCUCGCUCAGCAUGGGGAAGAAGAAAAAGGUAUAUUUUUAGUGUACUUAAUUUUCAAUCCUGUCUACUUCUUAGUUUCUCACGUCCGCUGGCAUGGCAGACUUGGUUUACGCUGUUUUUUCUACAUGCCGAAUUGAUCGAUUUUCCCUAAUAUUCGGCAGGAACGCAAGUCCGACGCACGGAUGGACGCAGUCGAGGCUAUCAAAUGCAAAUAUGUCUGGGUCUGGAACAUUGCCAGGUUUGUCAUGCAUAUUUUGUAUGAUCCAUGACGCCUGGGCCUGUAAUGCAUGAUCUAGCAUAACAGAUUUUUAGAGGGAUUCUUAAUGCCUAUUCCGCAUGAGAAAUGCCCUCUCCACGUAACACAAACUGGAUUCCCGUUGCUGGUCAUGCAAUACAGAUUUUUUUGGACUUCAAAGACAGCAUUACAAGUUGCAACCUUCCAGACCCAGACGCUUUUGCAAUGCAUAGAGGCGGAGAUGCGG